CGGGAAAACAAUUUUUCACUAUUGGCAAAAUUUUUUAGUCUCCCUGCUUUUCGUCCUCGCACCCACUUUUCUCCAACUUUUUUUUGUAGAUACAACCUGAAUCCACCGAGGUACUAGCCUGCCCCCCAGACGUUAAAUGACCAAUGACUGCACGGCGAGAGGAAUAUUCGGACGGUGCAUUGGACGGCAAUGAGGACGAUUUGUCGCUGGUAGAGCUGCUGCGGACGUACCCGGGACUGCUCAGCGAUCGCGUCGAGACUGUUGCACAGGCACUGGCACAGGCCACAAUGGCAGCGUCGGACCUGGUUCUGGCCAAGCCCAGCAGCAGCCGUGCGGCACUGCAGCGGAUCCGGCAUAGCAAAAACACCGGCAGCUACCAACCCGCACCCGCCGACCCGCCCACAGCCAGCCGGCGGCCCGGGGCACCGCGCACAGGCACAGUGGCGGGGCGGCGUUGGCACACGCAAAAGCACCUGCAGGCGCUGGAAAGCGAAGGCGUGGUGUUCACCAAGGGCAAGUUCACCGACGCCGAGAAUGCGGUGAUCGAGACGCAGAUCCGCGAGUUCGCCGAGCAGCACGGGAUCUCGCACAGCUCACUGUACGAGUACCUGUUCCAGCGCAAGCACCGCGACCAGACCGGGAAGCAGCUGCGCAAGGAGCUGUGGCCACUGCUGUCGGAGGCCCUGCCGACACGGCAGAUCCAGGCCAUUUACCAUCACGUUCGGAGGAAAUACCACCCGCACAACUACCAGGGCGCGUGGACUGAGGAGGAGGACAGGAUGCUGGCGCGGCUGGUGGGCACGCAUGGCGCGGCAUGGGAGGCGAUCUCAAUGGAGCUCGGCCGGAUGGGCACCAACUGCAGGGACCGAUGGCGGUACUUGCAAUCGUCAGCCCACAGUGCUCCCCCGCCAGAUGCCUGAAUAAGGCACCGACUCUGCGAUAAGCAGGAGAUGCGCACAGUGCCUGUUUAUCGCGGAGCUCUGGGAUGAUCGUCCGUCCUUUUUGGCGGAGACUGGUGCCGCCCGUUUGGGCACGGGGACGAAC